GUGCUUUGAGUGCUCUUUUGGUCCCUGAAAGGCACAACUUAGCUACAUUUUGUGCCUUGUAUUCUCUGGCUUCCAUGGCUUCUGCUCUGCUUCUGCUGAUUUGGGGAUUGUAUCACUCUUUCGUUCUCGGCAAAGCUCGCUAGAGCUUUACGAGAUUAGAAUGCCUUUGUUUCCUGUUUUUGUAAGAGCCCUUUUGUCUUGAAGUUUGGCUCAUUUGAAUAAUAUCAAAUUGGACUUAUAAUCCUCUUUCAAGUCUGCUAUCUGCGGCCAAUUUGAUCAGAGUGAUUAUCCACAAUAUACAACCCUUCAUUCCUUUGAUAAAAUAUUCGUGGUUGAUAGAAGUGCGUUCUUGAAGCAUUUAUAAAAUGCAGAACAAACCAUAUCCACGCCACAUCCAAUAUUUUAAGUGAUACACCACUUUUCUGAUGAAUUUUCUAAGGAUGCAAAUCAUGGUGGGGUGAAAAAGAAUAUGCAUAUCACAUUUUGGUGAUGUCAUUUUCAAUAAUUUGAAGCUCUUUCUCCUUGUUUUCUUCCUAUAAGACCUCUUUAUCCUAUGCCUUCUGCUUCCCUAUCAGCUUAGCAAUCUCCUUGUAAGUCCCUUCAGAUUGCUUAUAAUUUGAGUAUGGAAAUCUCUGGAGCCCACUUUCCAGCUCCUGGAAACUAUGGCAUGAUCCAAAACCUCAAUACCAAUGGAUUCUCGUCUUAUAAUCCGGUUAGCUCAACCUCCACUUCUGAUGAUGGUAAUGAUCAGAACCAGAUACCGAGGUUCGUCAUCGAUGAGAGGAAGCAAAGGAGAAUGGUAUCGAAUAGGGAGUCGGCGCGAAGGUCACGGAUGAGGAAACAGAAGCAUCUUGAUGAACUUUGGUCCCUGGUGGUUCGUCUUCGAACUGAGAAUCAUAGUCUUAUGAAGAAGUUGAAUCAGUUGACAGAAUUCCAACAGCAGCUUCUUCAAGAGAAUGUCAAGCUCAAAGAAGAAGCCUCGGAUUUUCGUCGGAUGAUCGCUGACAUUCAAAUGUGCAGUCCUUACACAACUCACUUGAGAGAUCUGGAGGAAGCCCCAUGAAAUACCUUUGAUUUCAUAGCUGAAUUCUCAAGCCAAUCUAACGAGUAGAGAAGUUCCCUUCCCCUGUUUCACUAAGAUCAUAGCUAUUUCCUCCCACAAUCCUUCCAGUUUAUGUCUGUCUUAGCAUGCUUGUAUGUAAUAAGCCUCUACCCAUUACCCAGCGUUGUAAAUUGAAGAAAUAACAGAAUUUAGCCAACAGACUUCCAAAAUCAGUUCAACAAACACCUUGGUUUUCUCAGGGGACUUUUGUCAAACACCUUGUGGACACUAUUCAAUAGAUUAAUGAAACCAGAGUUCUGUAGCAUGUGUACUUCCAAGAGCAUAGAAAAAUAAGAACCAAUUAGACAAAAUAUCUAUAAAACUAGAUAAAAAUCGAGACAAAAACAUGAAAAAAAAACAGCCAUCUAGACAGACCCAUCUGCAAUCGAACUCGAACGAUUUGUUCUUUUUUACCU